UGGACUGGGUCUUGGUCUGUCUACGUACACAGCAGACGACUACGGGGAGGCUGGAACCACACAGUCACGUCUCCUGCUGAGGGGUGUAGCCGGAAAAAAAGAGAAAGAGAGGGAGAAAGAGAGAGAGAAUAGAAAGACAUAGAGCCACGCACGGCUCAGCAGAGGCAAGCAAACGAUUGGAGUAGAAAUCGUGAGAGACAACCGCUGGAAGCGAACAGUGGAAGGGAGGAAGGAAAGAGAAAACAGACAGGACCCAAAUCUGCCAGCGAACACCACCUCCUCUCCCUCUCUCCAUCUCGCUGGUUAGCUGCGCACCCACAUAGACCGAUGACACCCCCCGCCCUCUUCUAAAAAGACAACUAGGGGGAUGACCGCCUACCGAGAAGGCAGUUGACUAGCGUCGUAACUAAGCGAUGCACCUUUUUUCCAAGAGCGCAAGCUUGAAGCUAUCUUUUAUCCUAACAUAGGCUAUUUGACGAAUGUCACUGUUGACAUUAUUUCAAAACAGUGUUGUGGUUAUUGACACGAGGCUCGGUUUGUUUUCGAGACUCUGUAAAGCAAAGUUUUUUUCUGCUGGACUUGUUUUUUUCAGUGCGUCGUUGGAUUUCCAUACUCGCAGAAAAACAGAUUAUUAUUUUUGCGACAAGCUAGGCCUAUUUGUAAAGAAAUAAAGCAGUAGAACGAACGGACUCCUUUGGGGUGGGUUUUAUGUCUUUAUUUUCCGUUCAGUCUGUUAUAGAUACAUUAUAUUCUAUCGACAAAGGUUCGACAAGUGCCUACUAAACUUGUCUCUUGAAUAGACACCCUUCUGUAGCCUAUCAACCGUUUGAAACGGUUGUGUGCACAUCAAUAAGAUACUGAGAAGUGACAGUAGAAGAGACAUCCAACGAGGAGAGCCGAAAAGGAUACUAUACGUUCGUGUCCAGUGGAGACAAGGCUUUAAUAAAAGUUGCCAUGGUGUCAUUGGACGAGCCUCUGGACCUGAAGCUUCCACAGGCCAAUGGGAGGGUCAGGUUGGGAAAGAGGGCGUGUUCGGCCUCCAUCUGCGCCCCCCUCAGUGCCACACGACAACGUCUGCUGCGUAACCUUCCAAUGACCUACCCCUCACCACCUCCCUCUCCAGGUACCCCCCUGUACCACCAGGAGAGGGCAGGUUCCUGCACCCCCCCUGCCAUGGACCUGAGUCUCUCCCCCUCCUUCCGACACGCACCCUCCCCCUCUCCCUCCCCCUCCUCCCGCCAUGCACCCUCCCCCUCUGCCUCCCCCUCCUCACCCCUGGACUACCCACCCAGCUGCAGCCCAGCCACACCCAUCUACUCCAGGGAAGCAGCUCUCCCUCGUUACCUGGAAGGCGGUGCUUCUCCGCAGGGCUUCCAGAUCUUCCUGCCAAUCGGGACCACAAGGGGCGGGUUCAACCUGCCCUCCUCCAUGUUCAUUGGUCAGCCCGGGGAGAAGCGGGCGUCACCCGAUCCCUCAUCUGACGAGCAGCUGGCUUGCCAUUGGAUGAAGUGCCACCUGCUGUUUGACUCGUUACAGGACCUGGUGGAUCACAUCAAUGACUACCAUGUCAAACCUGAAAAGGAUUCUGGGUACUGCUGCCACUGGGAGGGCUGUGCCCGCAACGGGAGGGGAUUCAACGCCAGGUACAAGAUGUUGAUCCACAUCAGGACUCACACCAAUGAGAAGCCUCACCACUGUCCCACCUGCAACAAGAGCUUUUCUCGCCUGGAGAACCUCAAGAUACACACACGCUCACACACAGGAGAGAAGCCGUACAUCUGUCCGUACGAGGGCUGCAGCAAGCGCUACUCCAACUCCAGCGACCGCUUCAAGCACACGCGCACCCACUACGUCGACAAGCCAUACUACUGCAAGAUGGCUGGCUGCCUUAAACGCUACACCGACCCCAGCUCCCUCCGCAAACACAUCAAGGCCCACGGACACUUCGUCGCGACCCAGGAACAGGCCUCCUCGGCCGGGCUCGGGGUGUUCCUCAAAGGGGGUGGUCUCCACGGAGGUAACGGUGGAGGGGUCUCGGAGAUGGGCUAUGUCGGCGGGGCCCAUAUUAUCAUCCCAGGAGGGGCCACCGUGGCUUCUCUCCUAGGGGGCCACCAUCUAGGGGCCUCACUGCCCCUCUCGGCCAUGUGUGGCCCCCUGGAUCUCAGCAGACUAGGUCACCCUGGAGCCUCCUUGUUCUCAUUAGGUAGCGGAGGUGGGGGAUUGGGUUGGUGUGAUUCCUCCCUGCUCCCGUUCGGACUCUCGACUGCAUCCGUGUUUGGGUUGGCUUCCAUGGGUCUGGGGCGGCUAGGGAGAGGGGAGAGCAGGAGGGAGGAGGAGGACGGGUGUGAAGAGGAGAGGGACGAUGAGGUAUUGAAUUUGUCUGCGGGAGGGUACGGAGGGACGGGGGCGGGGCGUGACCUCCCCUCCUGGGUGGUGAUUCAAUCCCCUGCAGCGUUGGUGCUCAAACCAGCUGUUGUCAGCUAGGGCCAGGGUGUGUGUGUGUGUGUGUGUGUGUGUGUGUGUGUGUGUGUGUGUGUGUGUGUGUGUGUGUGUGUGUGUGUGUGCUCAGCUUGGGACACGUGCUCACAUGCCUGUUGCUACGAUCACGGGACAGGGUGUGUGUGUAAGUUUCUGUGUGUGUGUGUUUGUGCCUAAACGAUGCCUCGGAGCUGACAGUUGGUGUGUGUGUGUGGAGGGGGGAGGGUUAGGUGCUUUAUAAACGCUGCGUGGGGGUCAAAGGUAAUUCUCCUUUUCAGACAUAAAAACUCUGAUCAUUUCAACAUUAAACAGCAGGCUGAAGAAAACAACAGGACAACUAUGGAAUGUACCUCAAACAUUCCCUGUGGACUUUUCCUAUGGACUUUUCACAAUGGACAUCCCUAAUUGACAUUCCCAAUUGAUUUGUGUGGCAACGCAGUUGGAUUUAUGUAAUCACCAUUAUGAUGUAAAGAAGAAGCAGCUGUUAUUGAGAGAAUUGAGGUAAUAUGCUCCUGUAUGUUUUGUUAGUCAUCAUUUGUAUGCAGCACAGACCCUAUGGACUAUAACCGAUAACAGCUACUGUUAGUCUGGAUGGUCACUAUAACAGUGGGUUUUAUAUCAGUGUCUUUAACUAUUAUGGCCACCAGGGGGAGGUAGAGAGUCAGGUAAAUUCUGUCUAAUCUUUCUAGCCUCACAUCAGAACUGAAUUGUUCUGUGUGGAAGUUGUCUGUAGCCACAGAUCUUGGGUCAGCUUACCAUCCUUAACCAUUAGAAAAUGCAAAACUGACCUUAGAUCAGUGUCUAGGGCCAACUUUAUUCUCCUUCCUCCCCAUCUACUCAGUCUCUAGACUCACAACAACAAACAGCCUUUAAAAUCCCCUGUAGGGAAUAAGCUCCCAAGGUUACAAGGUAGUCAGUGGAAAUCUGUGGUACACACUACAGAGCGAACACAGUCUUGUUGAAGCAUGUUGGAUGUCAAACUACAUUCUAUGGGGUGGAUUCUAACUUCCGCUUUAGUCAAACAUUGAUGACAAUGGGAGACUAAGUUAAAAUGUAACUGGAAGUUUAGGAUUCGCCUUUUUUUUUUACCCAGGCAGGGUUAGUAGGGAUAGCCUUCACUCAUGUUACCCAGUUCCCCUGGGGUCCUCUGAGCUAAGAAUGUGGUAUUUGGUUCCAUUGUCAUGUGACUGCCACCUGCAUAGUGGUAAGGUUGGUUGCCAGGACGACAGAGGUGUGGUUUGGCUAUGAAAGGCUAUGAUGUUUCGCUGACAAUGACCCACACCUUCCUCUCACCUCAACCAACCUACUUGACCUGCAGUGGCUUCACACACCUAGGCUGCAUCUGAAAUGACACCCUAUCCCCUGUAUAGUAUUCCCUAAAAGGUAGUGCACUGUAAAGGGAAUAGGGUGCCAUUUCAGGCGCACACCUCAUGUUUUAUAACUGACGAUCAAAUUCAAUAACGUUGAAUGAAUUAAGCUUAAAAUAACCUAUAUCUUGUAUGUUUUUACCCUACAAAUGGAUCAAAUCUGGUGUGGUCCCAACAGCAAACAGCCUUUAAAAUCUUCUGUAGGGAAUAGGCUCCUGAAGUUACAAGGUAAUAAGUGGAAAUGUUUGUAUAGCUAUGACAUCUGUGUAUUUUCAUCACUUGUGCAAACAAGUAAAACAAGUUUUAUUUGUCUUUCUGGUUAAGACGAGACGUUUCUGUUGAAUGUUGAAGUUGUUCCUCUCUCUACCGCAACUAUCUUAUUUCCUCACUUGGUGACAAUGGGUGUGUCCCAAAUGGCACCCUAUUCCCUAUGUAGUGCGCUACUUUUGACCAGAGCCCUGGUCAAAAGUAGUGCACUACAUAGGGAACAGGUUGUCAUUUAGGGCGUAUCCAAAGACAAGGAUCCUAUUUCAGGAUCUACAAACCCAACGAUGACGCAUUAACCCUUUGUGCGACAGACAUUUCUCAAUAAAGCCGACAAACCUCAUAAAAGUAUUAUUUGCUAAUAGCUUAUCCAACACAAGGUAGGGAUUGUUAUUUGAUCUGCACAACUUACCUGGACUCCAGUAUUAUUGACCAAGUUAGGGAUUUCUAUUUGAUCCAGGUUUUAUUGAUUAGAUAAGUAGACCCAAUGUAAACAGAAGUGUGUACAUAACUGUGUAGUACUUAUAAUAGCUUCAUUAUUUGUAUUUAUUCACAGACAAAUCACUCAAAAUAAUACUUAGUCGUUGUUGUAAGUAGAAUGUAACAGUGUGCAACUCCACCAUGCCAGUUGAAUUUAAAUGUAGUUACAACCAGGCACUGUAAGGUUGAUUGGAAAAACACGAGACUUCAGGUUCCCAUAUUGAGGUAACACAGAAAGUACAAAUAGGACAGAGGUGAAGUUACAUAUGAAGUCUACAUAUGCACAAAGGGUUAACGUUAGACUAUGGCCUACCUAUUGCAGGCCAGCAUCUGAUAUCAUUUCUAUCCUCGUUUGCACAUUAAGAUGUUCAAUUAUUAUUAUGUAUUUUUUUAUGUUUCCAAGUGCCUUGUAUGUAUCAUAAGUGAAAUAUACUGAAAAUACACACAGCACAUUCAAUGAAGUACAGGUACAUGUAAUGCAAAUGUAUAAAUAUAGGUAUUUUUUCCAAAGGGUCAACACUUUACAUGACUGACUGUUUAGAGUUGACAAAAGGUGUGAUUGGUGACAUCAUAGCUUUGUGUGCUUUCAGUUUUUUUUACGAGGACUGUUAAACGGAAAAUGUCGUUAAUGACGAAGACGUGACGUCAAUAAACAAAGAUUAACAAAUUAA